CACACAUCGUCUUCGGAUUCUUCCCCAGGAGCUUCAAGUAGGGAUAUGUCCUCAGCACCAACAACUCCUCCAUCAGUGGAUAAAGUAGACGGAUUUUCUCGGAAGUCCGUCAGAAAAGCCAGACAGAAGAGGUCGCAGAGUUCCUCACAGUUUAGGUCUCAAGGCAAGCCUAUUGAGUUAACACCUCUGCCGCUGCUAAAAGACGUUCCAACCUCAGAGCAGCCUGAACUGUUCCUAAAGAAACUUCAGCAGUGCUGUGUCAUUUUUGACUUCAUGGACACGCUAUCUGAUCUUAAAAUGAAAGAAUACAAGCGCUCCACUCUUAAUGAACUGGUGGACUACAUUACAAUAAGCAGAGGCUGUCUGACAGAGCAGACUUACCCUGAAGUAGUUAGAAUGGUAUCCUGCAACAUAUUCAGAACUCUCCCUCCUAGUGACAGCAAUGAAUUUGAUCCAGAAGAAGAUGAACCCACCCUUGAGGCAUCAUGGCCACACUUACAGCUUGUAUAUGAAUUUUUCAUACGAUUUUUGGAAAGCCAAGAAUUCCAACCCAGCAUUGCCAAAAAAUACAUAGAUCAGAAAUUUGUAUUACAGCUUUUGGAGCUAUUUGAUAGUGAAGAUCCACGAGAACGGGACUACUUAAAAACAGUCUUACACAGAAUUUAUGGGAAGUUUCUUGGUCUUAGAGCAUUUAUCCGAAAACAAAUUAACAAUAUUUUUCUAAGGUUUGUUUAUGAAACAGAACACUUCAAUGGUGUAGCUGAACUGCUGGAAAUACUAGGAAGUAUUAUCAAUGGCUUUGCUUUACCUCUCAAAGCAGAACACAAACAGUUUCUGGUGAAAGUGUUGAUUCCUUUACACACCGUCAGGAGUUUAUCACUCUUCCAUGCCCAGCUGGCAUAUUGUAUAGUGCAAUUUCUGGAGAAAGAUCCUUCACUCACAGAACCAGUUAUUAGGGGCUUAAUGAAAUUUUGGCCUAAAACAUGCAGUCAAAAAGAAGUCAUGUUCCUUGGGGAACUGGAAGAAAUUUUGGAUGUGAUUGAACCUUCACAGUUUGUUAAAAUUCAAGAACCUUUGUUUAAACAAAUUGCCAAAUGUGUGUCUAGCCCCCAUUUUCAGGUGGCAGAGAGGGCACUCUAUUAUUGGAAUAAUGAGUACAUCAUGAGCCUGAUAGAGGAGAACUCCAAUGUCAUCCUUCCCAUCAUGUUCUCCAGUCUCUACAGGAUUUCAAAAGAGCACUGGAACCCGGCUAUCGUGGCAUUAGUGUACAAUGUGUUGAAGGCAUUCAUGGAAAUGAACAGCACUAUGUUUGAUGAGCUGACAGCCACAUACAAGUCAGAUCGUCAGCGUGAGAAAAAGAAAGAAAAAGAGCGUGAAGAAUUGUGGAAAAAAUUGGAGGAUCUGGAGUUAAAGAGAGGUCUUAGACGUGAUGGGAUAAUUCCAACUUAACAAAAAUCUGACAGCAACAUAACUAACCUGUGGAGUCUCACAUUUAUGUAGUAGAAGAUGGAGCAACAGUUUUCUGUAUUGUGCAACUUUACAGUAGAUUUCACAUUUGUUUCAUUAUUACAACAGCACUGUAUAUACCUGUCUCUAAGUAAAGGAAAAAACAAAAAUAAGGACUUCAGUCCAAAGUGUGGACAGUAGAUGGACUUCUCAGAACUUUGCAAACAUAAUCAUUGCUCUAACCCUCUUAAAAAUGGUCUUCAGAGAUCUGUUGAUGAAAUUGCUCUGUUGAAAUUCCAUUAUCAGGAGUUCCUUAUUUAUCACUAGCAGAGAGUAUGAUACAAUUUUCAAAUGUGAACAAUCUGAAAUUAGCUUGUCUUUCUGCUAAGCUGUUAAAUGUAUUUAUAGUAAAGGAAAAAAAAAGACUGUCAUUUCUUUAUAAGUUUGUAUACAUUCUCCUCUGGAUAACUUGACUGUAAUUUGACAUCUUUUCCUUUUGCACAUUUUCAUGAGUCGAAUGUCCACGUGGAAUGGGGCCGUGAAUUAUAAAGACCCUGGUGAAAGUCUUGUCUACUGGGGUGAACAUCUUUCCAGUACAUACCUAUCCCCAGAUGUUCCUGGGACUCCUUUAGUUUUAAAAUUAGGAGUGAAAAGAGAAGAGGUGAUAAACAGUAGAGGAGGGAAUAUCAGACUCCAGUGUCAGAUGCCCUGAGUCUGAAUCAAUGUCUUGAAUCCUUGAAAACAGGUACUGGGACACCGCAGGCUUCAGUGCCUGGCCAGUGUUAGUUGCAUUCCUCAUUGUGCAUCCAUACCAGAGAUGUUUAGAAAUGUCAGAGAAACAGCCUUUUGGACCACAUUCUUAGACUACUUCGUCUAAGACAGACAAAACACUAAAUGAUAUAACCAUGAAAUUGAUUGCCAGGAUUGUGAAUCUGAUUGGAAAAGAGUUGAGUGAAUGAACAGUUUGGGCUGUUGGAGUUGAUGCCUUACUUUUUAAUGUCUUUAUAAAAUAUUCCAGCAAAAGAGGAUGUAGCCUCUGGGAGAAAACAAGUAUGUUCCAGUGCUUUUUGUAGAUGCUCAUUCUGUAGCUCAUCACAGUGCCAGCCCUGUUUUUAGCCAGAAAGGAUUCAGGAUCAACAUUAUGCAUCUGAAACUGGAUGCAUAUUCCUAACUACUGUAUUUGUUACCUAAAGUGGUUCUACAAAUGCUACUGAAAAAAAAAAUCUGGAAAUUCCUAAUGUCCUGAGUAUUAAUAAUAAAAUUUAAAAAAUGCUUUUAUAUCAAAGGUGCAUUGUGACCAAAUUGUUUAAGAAAAAAAACAACAACAAAAACCAAUAUCUAGCACUGUAUUAUAGGUAUAUCUUACUGGCUCUCUGCUCUGUAUGAAAGAGAAGUCUUAUAUCCUGGGUAGGUAAAUUGCUGAUGUACAGUAUGCACUUACUGAUGUGGUUGCAUCUUUGUGUACUGAAAGAUGUGUGUUUUGAGUUUGCUUCCAGGAUGCUUUUGCCAUUAGGGGCAUGGUAGCAGUGAGUUGAUAAUCCCAAACCAUCACAUCCAGCAGUGUUCGUGACGCAGAGGCGACUGUGUGUUCAUAUGUUGAGUUGGGAUAGUAACUAACAUCAACACAUGAACUAUUGCUCUUAAUAGAAAGGCAAUAUAAAUAUGGGCUUGUAUAUUUUCUUCCUUUCAAAUGUAGAAUAUGAAGUCUUAGUGUUUCUAAGGAAAAGAAAAACAAAACAAAAUAAAAAACCCACAACUUUUCCAGUGAAGUGUUUCCAGAUUAUCAGUCACAGUGUGUGCAUAAAAGUCAGCUGAUUUUGGAUACUUUCAUCAGUACUUUGUUUAAAAAAAAAAAAGCAAGGCAGACCAAAAUUGCCAUUGUUAAUUCCCCAAAGUGGCAGCAGUAAGAAAAACUAGUAUGUACCACCAUAUUCAAGAUGGUUUAAUGGAGUGGAGAGCUCUUUUUCUUAAAGAGCCAUUAACAAGGAUUCAAUGUAAUGUCAGCACAGACUGUGGUAUGUGAAGCCACUUUAAAAGUGCUGGAACAGCUGGGUGUGGUGGCGCACACCUUUAGUCCCAGCACUCAGGUGCCAGGCGCAGAGGCAGGUGAAUCUCUGUGAGUUCAAGGUCAGCUGGGGCUACAGGGAGAACCUGUCUCAAAAAGACCAAAAAAAAAUUUAAAAAAAACAAAAAAAAAAAAAAAAAAAAAUGCUGGAACAAAGGUGAAAAAUAUUAAUAAGAAAUCUGUAACAAGUCUCCUUUAGCUCUUUGAUUUUAGCCUUUAGUUUCAACUCUCAUUACAUGUAGUGUUGAUAAUAUAAACUUUGUUUGCUGUGAUCUCUGCACCUGGGGUUGAAAUGCAUUCAUUUGAAAUAAGAAGUGCCAGGAUCCCUUUCUGCACCUUACCCUGUCCUCACGGUUAAGGUGAGAACAGCACAGACAUCCUCUGUCGAUUUUGUGUGUUGAUCAUUCCAGACUGAGAAUAAAGCCAAGCUUUAGACUUAUUUAAAGAAUCAGUUAAAGCUGUCUGUUCAAAAUUCCAGGGCAGCUUCUGAGAAGAAACACUGUCCUUUUCUUUUUUAACUGAACGUGACAAUGUGACAUUUGUCAUGUUGUGUGUGGUGACACGAAGUUAGCCGAGGUAAUCUGACUGUUGCACUGUGUGACAUAUUGAAGGAAGUAUUUGCUGCAUUUGCAGCAGCCCUCUCACUGUCCCUUCCUGCACAAUUCUGCUGUUGCUACAACUUGAGUUCAUUGUGACAAAUGCAUCUUUGUGUUAUAUUUUGUUUGCUUCAUAGUUUCCAGAACUAUAUAUAAAUAUAUUUUUUAAAAUAGCAAAUAUUGUAGUUAGUGAGUGCUGAUCGCUCCACCUUAUCCCUACCAUAUUGGUUUGAGGGAUGGGACUAAGAAUGUCCUUGGAAGAAACGAUACAAAUACAACCCUGUGGUUUAGAAUGAUGCUGAGGCCGUAGACUGUGGGCCUGGAACAGCUCUGUGAGUGAGGUGACGUUUCCGAAUCAAGCACGCAUUCCUUCUCAUUGUGCUGCUGUGCCCAGAUGUUCACUUUCAGUGUUUAGUUUUUGUCCUUUUCAAUUUUUACUAUGUUUUGCUCCCCCAACACUUUUUUAAUAAAAGAAAAAAAUAGCCCCCUCAGUGCCACUGGAUGCUCACGAGCAGGGUUAGGCUCCUUCUUGGGCUGCUUCUAAAUGGAGAGAUCUCACUGACUUUGUUCCUCCUGUCCAUGGGGCAGCCCAGGGUGCAGGGCUGGGGGCUGCCCGUGCACCUGCUGCAUUGAAACAGCAGCCUAGGUGUAAUCACAUUAUGAAAAGGAAAAAAAAAGUAUAUUAGAGCUUUAAAAGCUUUUUUAUUUUUCUGUGGGGAUGGGGGUGGGAAAAAGGGAUGUGUGGCUCUUAGGAUGUUUUUGGCAUUAAGUAUUCCAGAGUUUUCUUUUUUGUGUUCUGUUGUUUUUCCCUUUAAUUGGAUGCACUGACCUGGCCCAGGAAAUGAAGAGAUUCUCUCCUUUGAUGUUAUUAUCAAUGUUAUCACAAAGUGACGGUCACCUGUAGCAAAAGGUGGCGGCAGAUAUGAUCAGUGAUGUUUUAUUUGCACAUGAAUAUUUUUAUUUUUGUAUUCUGGCUCAGUUGCUUCUCUGCGUGGAGUUAAGGAAUGAGCCAUAAAGGAUUUUUGUAAUAGGUAUAAUGGCAAUGCAUUUUAUAUUCCUCUAUAUUUAAUUUUGAAAACCUGAAAGAUGGAUUGUGCAUCUCGAGAGAAAGUCGAGCAGACGUUGACGUAGCGGAAUGUUAGUUUGUGCUGCCUCGUGUGCACGAUGGCAGCUGUAGUGUCUUGGAAAUGAACAUCCCGUACUAUGUCUAUGAAUACAGGUUCCUCUUCCCACCUCCUCCCUCUUCUUCCCCUUCUCUCGCCCCAUCCCUUCCCUUCUCUAUUUUUUUUUCUCUCUCAGCCCAUCCCUCCUUUACUUUUUUUUUUGAAAUCACUUGCUGUAAAUAAGUUGUAAUCCAAACCUCAUGUAUCAAUGGGGAACUUUCAAAUAUAAAUAUUACCAAUACAUUUUCUGGUUGUUGUCUGGUUUUUGACUGGAGUAUAAUAAGAAUGACAUGUCCACUGCCUUUGAUUUGAGUUUUGCUUCGACUUCUGGUGUCUCGGCAUUUCAUUGUUUUAGCAGGAGAGGGCAGCAGUUCAUUUUCCCUAUGAGGAAUGCUGUGAUCGGUGUGUGUGUCUGUGUGUCUUGUGUCUCUGUCUCUGUGUCUCUUUGUGAUAUUCUUUAAAACAAAAACAAAAA